CCAGAGCUGCCUGUUCAUGUCUAACUAACUUUAGAGCUGCCUGACAUGGGCUCCCUCCCCCCCUUCCCUCAUGUUUGACCAAUUGCCAGCAGCUGUUGCUCAUUUGACAAUAGGCCCGCCCAUCCAGAGCAGAGGCUGGUACUGAGGUUCUUAGCUCUCCGUUAGAAGAAGACGUCUCCACUGUAAGAGAAAAGGCGAUCUGCUGCUGAAGUCGAGGUCAUAUUGUGGAAGGAGAUCCUCACCAUCACUUUACAUCUGCUGGCCUGACCAGGAAAAACCCUCCCUAUGCUCCUGCAGGCUACAUGCAGGGCCCGGCCAGCACUCGCAGCCUGUUGCCCAGAGACUGCAUCCUAAAAGGCAUGGCCCUGAAGAGGCAACUGCUGGUGGCUGUGGGGGCCGCCGUCUGCCUCCUGUUAGUCUACAUGCUGUCUAACACAAUGCAGAUUCCCUUCCCUUAUCCCCGUGGUAGACCCAACGGUUUUGGGGAACAUGGGGGAAUCAGCACCUCUAACGCCUCUCCACCCAAAUGGAGCAACCUCAGCCAGCCAAAUCCCACCAUCGCCGUACGGCAUGCAGCUUUAAAGAUUAACCCAGUCACCAAACCACCAAAACCAGCUCAAAACCAAAGCAGUGAUGCCUUAAAGCCCAGUUCAAGGUCUAAAGGUGAAGACCAAGCCAAGAAAAGCCCCGUGGCUCUGCCUGGGAAUCUAAUCAAACCACGGGGCCCCACAGAGCCACCCUACAUUGGAGAUUCCUAUAUGUCUGAGAACAUCCCUCCACAAACGGACUGCCCAGAUGGAAUCCGAAGUCGAAUAAAGAAGUCAGAGUUCGGAGGGCUGUUCCUGGAGCAUAUUCCCGUCCUGCAAUGGGCCCAGCACGCGACUCAGGAACAGCACCAGCGUCUGAAACAGUAUCCAGGAACACACGGUUGGGGAGGCAUUGACUACGACACUCUGAAGGACACUCUGUCUGUGCUAAACUCGUCUGCAAACUGGAGGAUGCUGGAUGACUGGGAAACCCGGAAAAAUACCUCAGAGUGCAGCCGCUGUGCUGUGGUGGGAAACGGUGGGAUAUUAAAGGAUUCGAAGAAAGGGAAGGAGAUCGACGGCCAUCAUUAUGUCUUCAGAACAAACGGAGCGGUCAUUAAAGGCUUCGAGGAGGAUGUGGGGUCCCGGACCACCCACUACACCUUCUCCACAAACACACUAAUGAACUCCAUGAGGAGCUAUGCUGGUGCCGGCUACUAUGGACCCCCUGUGUCCCAGGAAACGCGUUAUGUUUUCCUGCCUGAUCAUGACCGGGACUACCUGCUGAUGAAGGCAGCGGCCACGCACAUACUGGUGGAGAAGGGACAUGACAAAGGCAACGACCCAACAAAGUACUUUGGAAAGGAUGUCUCUGCAGCAAAGCUGAAGAUGUACCACCCAGAUUUUAUUCGUUACCUUAGAAACCGAUUCCUUCGAUCAAACAUUCUGAACACCAAAUAUAAGAGUAUCUACCGACCAUCGACGGGGGCUGCCAUGCUUUUGGCUGCACUGCACUCCUGUGACCAGGUGAGUGCGUACGGCUUCAUGACGCCAGACUACGCAAACUACUCUGACCACUACUAUGAUAAAACAUAUCACAAGGUGGGCUUCUUCGUCAACCAUGACAUGCGUAUGGAGAUGAAUGUGUGGCAGCGGCUACACAAGGAGGGUCUCAUAAAGUUGUACAUGCGGCAGGAAAAACCACUGAAGUAAUUUCAUGGCUCCUGGAGAGACGGACAAAAUAUAAAGUUUUGUUUCGAUGAAGAAAUGUUUUUUUUUUUUUUCCUUCCAAGCAACAGCUGGUUUAGUUGUUCCUGGAAGAGGAUGAGUUCCCCCUCAUUUGCUAGACUUUUUCUAAAUCAUGUUGGGCUUUUUUUUUUUUUUUUUCUUCUUCUAAAAACACUCCAGGAAAGGAUGCUACAACAUUUUGUCUACUUUAAAAAUAUAUAAUAAUAAUAAUGAUGAUAUUAAUAAUAUUAAUGAUAAUGAUGAUAAUGAUGGCCGCCUUUGGAUUUCUGAGUCUUUAGAAAAAUCCACUGGAAAAGCUCCUGAAGCUUAAACUCCUUGAACUGCUGCUUAUACCUUACUGACCUCAGAAUUCAGCAUCCAAAAGUAUUGAUUAUUCAAGUACUAAAAAGAUUAAUAUUUCAAAUUAUUACACAAAAAUAAUUAUAGUGAGACAUAUUCUAUUUCAGUUUUAAGACUGAUUUCCAAUUUUUUUAAAGGAUUGAGCUUCUGUUAUUUCUCAGCCAGUUGCGAAUCUGGACAACGGCUUUAGCCUUCCUAUAAAUAAUGAUUUCCAUAAGCCAAAUCGAUAUUGCACUGUAAAUGAGCUCAGUAAUAGCAAACCUUUUUGAUGUUUACAUUUUUAAACUGUCUUGGAAGGUAUUUAGCUCCAUUCCGUUUAGCCUUCCUGUUAUCUACUUAAAACGUUGCUCUCUUGUGCAUCCUGCAUGAUCUGUUGCCCGGUCUUUAAAUCUAAAAGAAAGCUGCAUAAAUAGUUUCUCACAUUUGCUCUUCAUCUAACUCGAUAUAAAACAAAAAGAUAACCGAUACAAAUAAAUCCUGAGUCCUGCUGCAAAGCAUUAGCAUUUUCUUGUACUUUUUGGUAACCCAGCAGGGCUUAGCAUAGAGUUUACGACUCUCAGCUUUUGAGCUUCCAGUCAAGAAUCAAGUUAGCUACAUCACCGUCUGACUUGUCAUCGCAACUCUAAUUAUGCGUUUUAGCAUAAAAAAACCACUUAAGAUGUUAUCGCCUUGUAUUGCUAACAGCUUUGCCAGCGCCUUAGCUAAUGAGGUGCCUCUUAGGAAGUUUCAUCCUGCUUUUUUAACUUCAUGGUUUCAUCAAAGUCUAAAAACCUCUGAGUGCAAUGCUUAAAAAAUAAAUGAAUAGCGUGCUAAUAUUACCAGAAAACUCAGAUUGCAUUGUUUUCUUUCUACAAACUGCUUGGGAUAAAAGUGCUUGGUUCAGCUUUAGUUCUCCUUGCCGAGUGUUCGUUUGGCAUAUUCUGUUAUUUUCGGUGGCAGGUUAUGGUUUAAUUUAAGUUUAUUUGAGAGAAGCCCAUGAAUAACACUUUUGCGCAAUGACUUAUCCAAAAAACAUAUCAUUAGAUAUUAAUGAACAAUUUACCAAUGCAAUGUUAAUUAUUUUAAGCAUUGCAGAAACAAAUUACUUUAAGAAUAUGGGGAUUUGUAGUCAGUUGGAUCAAAUACGAGUGUCUUUAGUAGGGAUUUCCAAUGAUGAGAGGCCAAAAUUAAAACUAAUCCAAGAAUAACAGUUUUUAUUUCCAAGAUAUUGACCUCUGAGCACUUGAACUGACUGCGCUAUUUUCAUUAAGGGAACCUGAGGUCCUUUUCCACGAUUCCAAAGAUCAGUUUAUAGCCAAAGAGAGGACUUUGAUCCAGCACAAAACUUGUUGAAGUUUCUGAAACGUUUGGGGGAAAGCAUGUAACAUUCCUUGAAAUGCAGCAAUCAUGUGCGACAGUAAUGGAUGCAAUUCUUUGAAGCCUAAUUGUGUAGUUUUGGUUAUUGGAAAUAUUUAUUUCCAGGUAUUUGG